CGAGAGUCGAGCGCAAAAAAAUUAAAGGGUUUACACUAGCACGUGUAAAAGAUAUUGGAUAUUGGGAAGCGCUCGAACCAAAAGUUAUGAGGGGUUAUGGUUUUCAGAAUUGACCCAUGCGGUAUAGCAUGUGUUUUAAUAACCCAAUUACUUGUAUUAUACUCGGAUUAUGUUGUGGUAUUUUACUUAGUGCUUCCAGUUCUUAAAAACAGCUUUUGGGCUAUUGUGAAUACAAUAUGCUUUAAUAUAGUGGCUUCUUUACUAUUAUUUUCGCAUAUAUGUGCUGCCGUAACAGAUCCAGGACUGAUACCUUUGCAACGGUAUACUGUCAAUCAAUUAGCUAGUGUUCAGAAACCUGAUGGAUGGACCACUUGUAAUAAAUGUGGAAUACACCGGCCACCAAGAGCUCACCAUUGCCGAAUUUGUCGACGUUGUGUAAGACGAAUGGAUCAUCAUUGCCCUUGGAUCAAUAAUUGUGUUGGCGAAUGUAAUCAAAAGUACUUUAUUCAAUUUUUAAUUUAUGUUGGUAUUCUUUGUGUAUAUGCUUUGAUAUUGGUACUUAUAUGUCGUGCUAUGAUCUCGGCCAGUUUAAAAGAUGACGCGACGAAUGCAGAUGUUAUAGUUGUUGCUCAUACAAUUGUACUUGUAGCAAUCUCUUGUCUAUUUGGCUUGUUUAUUUUGGCUAUACUAUCAGAUCAGUACAAGUCAAUUGUUGAAGAUACAACUGCAGUUGAAGCUUGGCAAUUACACUCGGCUCCACAUUCUUCAUCUGAUCCAGAAGCUUAUCCAAAUGGUGAUGGUGGCGGCGGUGGCGGAGGUAGAGGAUUUGGUCGUAAACUAUCCAAAUUAACUUUGUUUCGUGAAGUUUUUGGCACUGGUCCAUUCUAUUCUUGGCUACUACCAUGUUCAUAUGUUUUCAAACCUUAUCCAAAAUACUAUACUGCUUUAUCCGAUAUUAUUCAAGAUGUGAACUAUUCUGUCAAUAUUCAUGAUAACAAUAAUCUUAAUGCUCAUCAUGUUCGUCAUGACAUCAUCGAUGAUAAAAUAACACCAACAAUCACUACAACUACAUCAUUCUCUGCUGGAAUUUCAAUCGAGUCAGAUAGUUCUUCUUAUUCGUCGUCGUCUGUUGGUACUGCUGCUUCAAAUUCAUUGGCUAAUCAUUAUUAAUUUUUAUGUUUUUAUGAGAUGUUAGUUAGUUCAUUCAGUACAAAUCUAUUUAUUGUAAUUUGUUGUGUAAAUGUGUAUACAAUGAAAAAAAAUUGUAGCUUACUCUUCGUUCUGUUUUCCCCUUGCUUCCUUUCAAAUUGCCAUCACAUUUUACACUGUUUUGUACACCUGUGUUUUUUUCUCAUUGUUGCCAAUCCACGCAUGCCCAACCCUUUACUUUUAUCCGCGCCUGGGGCUAGCAGGAGUAGCCUCAGACGGAGCUCCAGGCGUAGUUAAUUUCCAUAAUAUUAGAAAUAUAAUUUAAAUCCAUCCAGACACUUAUUGGUUUUCUAUGUCAUUUUAAUCAAUCGGUGGAAAAUGACAGAUCUCUAUUAUCAUUAGUUGAUUGCUUUAUGUGAUAAAUAGAUUGUUGGUAUUAUUGUUACAAGCACUCCAGUAUUGUUCUUCAUUUGUAUAAAUGUGUAUGUGUGCGUACGUGUGUGUGAUAGGUAUAGACAGAUCAAGAUUACCCUACUCAUAUUUUGGUAACAAUGAAAUAGGAUUUGUUUGUAUGCUUUGGUGUGUAUUAUUGGUCUGCGAUUUCGGUGAGUGUACUUCUGUGUGCGUGUGUGCUUGUGUGUGUGUACACUUCUUAUGGAGAGACUAGUUUUGUUAUUAUCAUUUUGAUGAUUUCUUGCUGCGCCUUCAUUAUCUCUUUGACUAAUGAUGUGCUGUUCAUUACACAACACUCUAGAUUGUACUUUUUUUUCCAUUUUGCCAUCUUUUACAUGACUUCAUCAAUAUGUAUGUAACUUUUUUCUUGUUUGUACACUGUUUUUAUUGUAUUGUAUUGUAUCAUAUUGUGUAUUCUCUGAUUUAAUUUUAUUCUUAACAAGAUAUAUUCUACGCUUUUCUAAUGUUGAUGACGUGUAGUAGUAGUUAGUAAGAGGAGGAGAAGGCGAAAGAGUUUGUACUCAAAGAAUAAUAAAUGAAAUAUUAUUAUUGUUAUUAUUUGGAAUUGAAUAAUUCAUUGAUAGUUACGUAGCAGAUUGUUUGAUUGAUUGAUUGACUGACUGACUGAUUGUUUGAUCGAUUCUUCUUGAUAAAAAUGUAUUGAUGAAUGUGUUUAUGUAAGAAAAUGAAAAUGUGUUCUUUCCUCCAAUUUUUUUUUCAACAAUGAAACGAAUUUUCCACUA